UGCGAUUCUUUGCUGAUGUCGGUGUGCUGAAUAUUAAAAGGGUGAAGGUGGAGUUAUUGCCUGGCUGUAUUUUUUUCUCUCUUUUUUUCUUUUUCUUUUUAAAAUCUCCAGGUAAAGCAUCUGCGAGCCAGGAGCGUAAAGACGUCUGGGGUAGAGGGGUGAGUCAGCUGGUGCAAAAGGACUAGGAAUCGCUUCGUCGGAGAGACAGUCCCCUCUUCUCCCAGAGAGGAGGCGACGGAGCCGCUCCUGGGACCGAAAGCCGGUCCACUCACGCCGGCGGGCGGGUGGCUCUGCAUUCGCGCUCCAGGAGGACGCUGGCAAACAACUGCUCCGCAGCCGCCUCGGUCUUGGCAAAUAUUUCACAUCCACGUCCCCCGACCUCUGCGCCUAGAAGAUGGGUCAAGCAUGAGUCCAGCCACACCGUGGGCAACUACUGGCGGUGUGAAGUGCCCAGAUGCCUUCAGUCCCCAGCUUUGAGAGUCGACGGCAGACCAGUACUUGCUUGUGGUUUGGGGGGGAAUUCCAAAUUAUGUGCAGAAUGCUCAAUCUUCUGACCCGGAUGGAUCAGACAGUGCAGAAAAGGAGACUCCUGUGAUCCUGGGAUUGCAUUUUGCAACGCAUCUCCUCAAGCUUCGUUCUAAAUCUUGCGAAGGGAGGGAGUUGGGGCCCUGGGCCAGCGCAGCAGGUGGAGAGGGUCAGCAGGCAGCCCCGCGAGCCCCUGGCCAUGUCGUCUUUAAUGCCCUGCCCCUUUAUGUGGCCUUCUGAGGAUUUCCAGGGCUGGCCGGGGGUGCUUCCCACCCGCACGCUCUCUCUUACCCCCAGACAACCGCGGCAGGCAAGACUCCCCCGAGCCGUGACCUUUUGACUCCCCACUCCCCCCACUCCCGCGUACGCCUUCGCCCCUCCCGGGAGUGGCCCUCAAGAGCGGGACCCCGCCCUGCUCCGGCUGGGACCAUGGUGUUUCUUUCUGGAAAUGCCUCAGACAGCUCCAACUGCACCCACCCGCCGCCACCGGUGAAUAUUUCCAAGGCCAUUCUGCUUGGGGUGAUCUUGGGGGGGCUCAUCAUUUUCGGGGUACUGGGGAACAUCCUUGUGAUCCUUUCCGUGGCCUGCCACCGGCAUCUUCACUCGGUCACUCACUACUACAUCGUCAACCUGGCGGUGGCCGACCUUCUGCUCACUUCUACGGUGCUGCCCUUCUCCGCUAUCUUCGAGAUCCUGGGCUACUGGGCCUUUGGCAGGGUCUUCUGCAACAUCUGGGCGGCGGUGGACGUCUUGUGCUGCACUGCAUCCAUCAUGGGACUCUGCAUCAUCUCCAUCGACCGCUACAUCGGCGUGAGCUACCCGCUGCGCUACCCCACCAUCGUCACCCAGAAACGGGGCCUGAUGGCUCUGCUCUGCGUGUGGGCGCUCUCCCUGGUCAUCUCCAUAGGGCCUCUGUUCGGCUGGAGGCAGCCGGCACCUGAGGACGAGACCAUCUGCCAGAUCAAUGAGGAACCGGGCUACGUGCUCUUCUCCGCGCUAGGCUCCUUCUACGUGCCGCUGACCAUCAUCCUGGUUAUGUACUGCCGGGUCUACGUGGUGGCCAAGAGGGAGAGCCGGGGCCUCAAAUCGGGUCUCAAGACCGACAAGUCGGACUCAGAGCAGGUGACACUCCGCAUCCAUCGGAAAAACGCCCCGGUCGGAGGCAGCGGGGUGACCAGCGCCAAGAACAAGACGCACUUCUCCGUGAGACUCCUCAAGUUUUCCCGAGAGAAGAAAGCGGCCAAGACACUGGGCAUAGUGGUCGGCUGCUUCGUCCUCUGCUGGCUGCCUUUUUUCUUAGUGAUGCCCAUUGGGUCUUUCUUUCCUGAUUUCAGGCCCUCAGAAACAGUUUUUAAAAUAGCAUUUUGGCUCGGAUACCUAAACAGCUGCAUCAACCCCAUUAUAUACCCGUGCUCCAGUCAAGAGUUUAAAAAGGCCUUUCAGAAUGUCUUGAGAAUCCAGUGUCUCCGCCGAAAACAGUCUUCCAGACACGCCCUGGGCUACACCCUGCACCCCACCAGCCACGCCCUGGAGGAGCAGCACAAGGACUUGGUGCGAAUUCCGGUGGGGUCUGGAGAGACCUUCUAUAAGAUCUCCAAGACCGAUGGGGUCUGCGAGUGGAAAUUUUUCUCCUCCGUGCCCCGGGCCUCUGCCAGGAUUACGGUGCCCAAAGACCCGUCCGCGUGCACCACUGCCCGGCUGUUUCACCGUUGCAUAAUGAAUGAAGUUCAAGGUCCCCAGGGUGCGCGGAACACGUUGGAAUGAACCUGAUGAUGCAGGCGUAUCUUUCCUGAACUUUGAAAGGACUUUUAACCAUGAAACUACCUGCACACAGCUCCCGUCAAGCUGGGUUGGAACCCCUGGCACCUGCUCCAUGUCGACAAACUGCGCUGUGGAGCAGGGCUGAGCCCACGCUGCUGUGGGGUCUGCCAUCUUCAAAAAGCAAUGGCUGCAGUGGCCUCUGGCCCUCCAAAGUCCCUGCAAGAUGAGUGAGUGGCGGUGACGGUGGUGGGGCUGGGCUGGCCAAAGCAAGUUAGGAUUGGAGCAGAGGACACGGAUCCCUUGCCAAUACUCCCAUCAGUAUUACCUCUUUCACGCUUCCCCAGACCCAGAUGUCAUGGGGGCUGUGGGUGGACCUUACCUGCUCUCUAAGAAAAAGAUCGUUUCUUUGCUACUGCAACAUGGACAAAUGAAGGAAGGACCAUGGCAGUUGAGAGGAGAAUGUUGAGGAGAAAGAAGACUUACCACGGCCAUUGCUCACUCAAAGCAGGAGGGAUGGUUUGGUAAUGCGGUGUUGCAGCUGAUAAACAAGGAACCGCCCUAAAGCUGAUGCUUUUUUCUUUCCAAAGAUGGAAUGAUUGUCUUUCUUUUACUUGUGGCUCAGGAGUUACUACGUUACCUUUUCCUCCAUAUUAUAGUUAAUGUAGCAUGUUCUAAGCUAGAAAUAAUUAUUGCUAAACUAUGAGAAAUACAGAUUUAAUUAGGCAAAGAAAAAUCUAAGAGCAAUUUGUACUGUAUUGGGAGAAAAAAAAAAAUGAAGGCACUGACCUAGCAAAAAGCCUAAAUACAGAAGUGCAUUCAGAUGUGAUUGAAAAGAAGCUAAGACAGAAAAUCCCAAUCCAAGUUUAACAUUUUCUGCUGCUUAUAUAAUACUUUAUACUGGUCGAAGUACUUUUGCCUAAUCUUGAGUCAUUCCUGUGAGGUAGAAAGAGAAGGAAGGAAUUAUUUUCCUUACUUAGCAUAUGAAGAAGCAAGGGGAGGGAUGAUGCACGGUUGAAGGAUUUCUCUGAAUAUCCUCAAAUCCAGCCUCUGACUUCUUUUUCCAUGAUGCCUCCCAUAUCCCCAAGGUCCACUGCGUUUCUUGAGACCCUGACAUUCACAUUUCACUCACUCACCUCUGAGCCAUAUUUUCAGCUCUAUUUGCAUCUUCUCUCCCGCUGUCUCUCUGCCAGCAGCUGGGCGGAGCAAGAUUGUUCUAGGGGCCGAGCGCAUAUUUGUCUAGGCUUCUAUUGGCCAUAAGACAAGCAGAUGUAAUUCUUUUGUUCUCCCAAGAUGGGCAGGAGUAGAGCUAAGGACAUAAGCAGGGCAGGGGGUUCUUGGCUUUCUCAACGGGGUGACCUAUACGACAAAGCCGGCAUGAUUGAUACGUUUAGGAACGCAAAGAUCCCAGAGGGAGUUUUGAGAACACUCAUUUUCCUGUGAGCCUGGGAGUUGUGUACACCCCGACCAUCACCGUCAGCAAGCUGCUCGCUUCUCCUGCGCCAGGCACAGCACUUGGCACAAAAAACUGCAGAAAGGCACAGACAGUCCCCAGCUUAUGACCUGGGUGUGUUCCAAGCUCAUCGGUUGCAUUUUUCCAAGAGGCAUUGUUAUAAAUGGGCGCAGUGAAGGAUGUUCUCAGAUGAACCAAAAAAUAAAAAUCUAUUUAAUGAA